AUAUUCAAAUUUUGAAAACUCUUCGUUUUUUUCACAAUAUUAUUCAAUGGCGGCCAAGAAGAAGCCAGGGGUGAUCGCUUUGUUCGACGUCGACGAUACUCUUACAGCUCCAAGGAAGGAAGCUACUCAAGAAAUGCUCCAUUUUAUCGGAGAAUUACGCAAGGUAGUCACUAUUGGACUCGUCGGUGGAUCUGAUCUAAACAAGAUAUCUGAGCAACUUGGCAAAACAGUCACUAACGACUUUGAUUAUUGUUUCACUGAGAAUGGUCUUGUUGCCCACAAAGAGGGUAAAUCCAUUGGAAUCCAGAGCAUGAAGUUGUUCCUUGGAGAAGAUAAGCUCAAGGAGUUGAUCAAUUUCACUUUGCACUACAUUGCAGACUUAGAUAUUCCAAUCAAAAGGGGAACAUUUUUAGAGUUCCGAAAUGGAAUGAUCAAUGUGUCACCCAUUGGUCGCAACUGCAGCCAGGAAGAAAGAGAUGAGUUCCAGAGAUAUGAUAAGGUGCAAAACAGUCGAUCAAAGAUGGUGGCUGAACUUCGUGAGCGGUUUGCUCAUCUUAACCUUACUUUCUCUAUUGGAGGACAGAUUAGCUUCGAUGUCUUCCCUAAAGGUUGGGACAAGACUUAUUGCUUGCAAUACCUUGAGGACUUCAAUGAAAUCCAUUUCUUCGGUGACAAAACCUAUGAGGGUGGAAACGAUUAUGAAAUCUAUGAAUCACCAAAAACAAUAGGCCACACAGUAACGUGUCCAGAUGACACAAUGGCACAAUGCAAGGCUUUGUUCAUGUCUUGA